CUGAAUACUCGCGUGCGAACUGCGAACUCGCGACUUCCAAGUAUUUAUCAACAACCUACGCACUUCGUUUCAUAUAAUAUUUUACUGAGUAUAUAAAAAGUUGGUGCUGUUAAUAUCACGCUAUAAAUAAUUGUGAUCAGAUUUUAUAGACAUAUAGAAUAAAACAAUGAUACAAUAUGAUGAAUACAAUAUGAUAAAACUUUUGCUUUAUUUACUUACUCUAGAGUAGUGGACCUGGAAAAUGGAAAUUAAUACCAAUUAAGUUUAGGUGUAUGACUGUAGUAGAUGGCAACAAUCGUGACGAUGAGCGCUACAACGCCUUCGCCAAAAUCCUCUUUGGCUAAGCUCGUGCUCUACCCAAAGCCUAAACCUUUUAAAGUUAUGGUAUUAGGGCAAUCUGGAGUUGGAAAAUCAGCAUUGGUGGUAAGAUUCAUUACGAGACGCUUCAUAGGUGAAUACGACUCCAGCUUAGAAAAGAUUUAUGCCUACCAAACCAUUAUAGACAACGAAACAGUCUAUUUUGAAAUACUUGAUUCGGCUGGAGAUCCGAAUGAGAGCGAAUACGCCAAUUUGGAAAGUAACAUAAAAUGGGCCGAAGCAUUCAUCUUGAUGUAUUCCGUGACGGACAAGUGUUCCUUUGACGAGUGCCAUCGGUUGAAAUUUCUCAUCAAUUAUAAUAAAAGGCGACGUAGACUCACUUCCUCUACGAAGGACUGCAUGGAGACACCCGUAGUACUUGUCGGUAACAAAGUGGACCAGGCCGGCGAUCGGAUGGUAAGCACCGACGAAGGGCAACGACGGAGCAAGGAGAUUGGUUGUGUGUGCUUUCACGAGAUAUCUGUCCGGGAGAGCAUUGAUCAAGUAUGCAGUGUGUUCCGUGAUGCACGUCGUUUCUGGCGAGUGGGCAGCAAGUGGGCACGAUGUGGCGGGCGAACCGACCCGGAACUGCUUCCGUCUUUAGACCGACCACUCGCGAGAACCGUAUCCGACACCACCGCCCCGGACCCCGUUGCAAAUGUUCCUACGUUCUAUCGUCGAUUUACAGAAGUUGAAUUGUAUGAAGAAGGCGAGGUUAGCAUGGUUCGAAGCGAUUCAACGUCUUCGUCGGGGCAUUCAGAAGGAGGUGAUGAGUUCCGUGCGCGGGCGAGCACGGACUCCCGCCUCCCUCCUCGACCGGAGCGGCCACGUCACCCAGCGUCACCGCGAAACCUGCCUACUCCAAUGCGCAAGAUGAGUGUCUCGAUGAGGGGGAACAAUGCUAACACAUAUUAACAACUACUAUAAAGUCAAUAAAUUAAUUCGCUAGAAGUGUACCUAUCACUACUUCUAUCGAAGACCUCACUCGUGCAGUAGUGAGCACUUUGAUCUUGUAGGUGGAGGUCCCGGAUUCGAGGGAA